AUGACUUGGGGUUCUAAAAAACCAAUUCACCGUUUGCCAGAUAUUUUAAAGGCAGCUCCUUUCUUGAAGACUUUCUCAUUCCAGCUAUUGAAAAACGAAAUACUCCAAAUGCAUCAUAUUGUAGAUGUGAUUAUUGAGAAAGCUAAUAUGAUUGAAAUUUUCUCAGUCAAGCCAAAAAAAAUACAUGUUGAAGAGGCUGCUAAUGACGAAGAAGGGCAAAAGGAGGCUGACCAUGCCGAAGAGGAUAAAGAGGCUGAAGGAGAAGAAGUCUGCCUGGAAACUGAGCCCGGAGGACAAGCAGAGAUCGAGAAGGCGGUGGACGAGGCGAUCAAGUGGUUGGACAGGAACCAGUUGACAAAGGUUGACGAGCUGGAGGACAAACUUAAGGAGUUGGAGGGAAGCUGUAAUCCCAUAAUUGCGAAGAUGUAUCAAGGCGGCGGUGGAGACAUGCCCGCCGGAGGUGGCUAUGGUGGUGGGUCCACCUGA